AUGUCCCUCAGCGUUAAUAUCGUAUCUACCUCCUUAAUGAUUAGUCCGACUGAGGAUCAAACCGGAUCCUCGCUAACAACCACCGAUGGCAGGACUCAACAUUCACCUCCCCCUUCCUCCAGUCAACCAUCCAAGAAGCCAAGCUGGCUCUCUAGAUUCUCGAGGUCUACCAACAAGGAACGCAAAAACACCGGACUCGCGAUCAACCUGAUCGAUGUGCCAUACGUAUCCAUCAGGACAACGACCUCAUCGACCUUACCCACACCGCGGUACCCCUCAGAACCCAUUCUUACCAGUACGAAGUCGAAAUUCUUGAAGGCUUUCGAAGAUGCCAUUCGUCAAUGCCCUGACUGGCGCAAGAGAUUCUUGAUGAAAGCGAAUGAACCGAAUGACCAGGAGCGGGCGCCAGCACCUCUCAUAGAACGAGACUGUCGAAAUCUUGGAGAGGCAACUUCAUACAAGGCUGGGAUUGAGGAAUCACGUUCGACUUUCCGGAUGCGGUCCACCGGGAACUUACGAGGGAGCCCACGCUCACGCAAAAGGUUGCCUGGGAUGGAACGCGGAGCUUGCCCGGCCAUUCUAUACUGUACGAUGAGCGACUCGUCAAACUUUCUUUUCUUGGCUGUCAAGAAAAAGGACGUCUACCAGCCGUUGACUCUGUCAGAUCGGAUCGAUCCCUCUCGUCCUUCCAUAGGGGCGGCUGGACCGCGCCGGAAGGAUCAAGAGAGGAUGACCGGCUGCGCUCGGAAAGGCGGAGUCAGGCGUCGAGACAAGUCGGACACGUCCAUCCAAGAUUCGCUGACAAGUUCCGGUGGACCCUUCAACCGAGUCGUUUCAUCACCAGUCCGGUUCUACAAGGCCCUCAUGUUUUCUCUUGACACCAAAACCGCGUCUCUGUCCCAAGCUAGGAUCAGCACGGAAUCCAGCCAGAAGUUCAUGGAUGUGUUUCAACGGAUCAUCAAUCGGAAUGACAAGUGGUUCCAGAUGAUUCUCUCAGAGAAAUGCGAAGUUGAUCCUAGGCGUCUUCAUGACCUCCCGCUUGUCAUCCCGAAGUUCUACCAUCUCGUGCUGCGCGAGCGCGCCAAUCGUUGGAGGGGAUCUCUGCAGCGAGAGAACCGCAGCGGCGCCGAUUUCUGUGUGGCGGAGGAGGAUGUUUCAUUGCUCGCUGAGAGCUUGCUGGAACGCUCUGCAUACAUGCUAUGGCCAUGA